GUGUUCCACUGAAUCACGCAGCAGUCAUUACAGCAAGAUGUGUGGAAUAUUUGCAUAUUUGAACUACCUGGUCCCCAAACAGCGCAAAGAAAUCCUUGAAAUUUUGAUAAAAGGAUUGAAAAGACUUGAAUACAGGGGAUAUGAUUCCGCAGGUGUUGCUAUUGAUGGAGACAACGAAUUGGAUUCCACGAAAGUGAAUACUAUUCGUAUAAUUAAAAAACGUGGCAAAGUGAAGGCAUUAGAUGAAGAAAUAUAUGCACAAGAAGAUCUGAAUCUGGAUGUAGAGUAUGACAUGCACAUUGGUAUUGCUCAUACUAGGUGGGCCACUCAUGGUGUACCAAGUGCUCUUAACAGUCAUCCACAGAGAUCUGAUGAGAACAAUGAAUUUGUUGUUAUUCACAAUGGUAUUGUCACCAACUAUAAAGAUAUUAAGAAAUUCUUGGAAAGUAAAAACUAUGAAUUUGAAUCCGAAACAGACACGGAGGUCAUCGCCAAGCUGAUCAAGUAUCUGUACGACACUCAUGAAACAAAAGAUGUUACGUUUCGUGAACUGGUUGAGGAUGUUGUUCAACAAUUGGAAGGAGCCUUUGCAUUGGUCUUCAAGAGUGUUCAUUUCCCUGGAGAAGCAGUAGCCACCAGACGAGGCAGUCCACUGUUAGUUGGGAUUGCUGCCAAGAAUAAAUUCAGCACUGAUCAUAUACCAAUUUCUUACCGUGACAACCGAGGUCACCAUGAUAGUGGAAUAACAUUGGAGCGUUCUGACAGUCUGGUAGGAUUUCAAGUAGUUGGUGAUAACAAGGAAGUGGAAUACUAUUUUGCUAGUGACGCUAGUGCCAUCAUUGAACACACUAAUCGAGUCAUCUACUUAGAGGACAAUGAUGUGGCUGCUGUCAAAGAUGGUGGUUUGUCCAUUCACAGAAUUAAGAGAGAAACUGGAGUGGCUCAGUCUCGUGAAGUACACACAUUGAAAAUGGAAAUACAGCAGCUUAUGAAAGGAAAUUUCAGUACAUUCAUGCAGAAGGAAAUCUUUGAACAGCCAGAGAGUGUUACUAACACAAUGAGAGGAAGAUUGAAUUUCGAGAACAAUACUGUUUUGCUGGGUGGAUUGAAAGACCAUCUGAGUGAAAUACGUCGCUGUCGUCGGCUGCUGUUCAUUGCUUGUGGGACUAGCUUUCAUAGUGCUGUUGCUACUCGCCAACUGAUGGAAGAACUGACUGAAUUACCAGUCAUGGUGGAACUUGCCAGUGAUUUCUUGGACAGAAAGACACCAGUGUUCAGAGAUGAUGUCUGCUUUUUUAUAAGCCAAUCUGGUGAGACUGCUGACACGCUGAUGGCUCUACGUUACUGUACAGAACGUGGUUCCCUAACAGUCGGUAUCACUAACACCGUUGGCAGUUCAAUAUCACGUGAUACACAAUGUGGUGUGCAUAUUAAUGCUGGUCCUGAAAUUGGUGUCGCUAGUACUAAGGCCUAUACCAGUCAAUUCAUAGCGCUUGUGAUGUUUGCUUUGAUGAUGUCUGAAGACAGGUUAUCUAUGCAAGCGAGAAGAACGGAAAUAUUCAAUGCACUCGAAAGAUUACCAGGUCUGGUAAAGGAAGUUUUAAAGAUGGACGACGAGAUUCAUAAGUUAGCGCAGGAGUUGUACCAACAGAAGAGUAUCCUGAUAAUGGGAAGAGGUUUCAAUUACUCAACCUGCUUGGAAGGGGCAUUGAAAAUUAAAGAGUUAUGUUACCUGCACUCCGAAGGCAUCCUAGCUGGUGAACUGAAACAUGGACCAUUGGCAUUGGUGGAUAAAACCAUGCCUGUUAUUAUGAUUAUCAUGAAAGACAAUACAUAUUUGAAAUGUCAGAAUGCCUUACAACAAGUGGUUGCCCGAGGGGGUCGUCCAAUACUGAUAUGCGAGAAAGGUGACAAUGAAAACCAGCAGUAUGGAUCCAGAGUGUUGGAAAUGCCGCAGAAUAUUGAUUGUUUACAAGGCAUUCUGAAUGUGAUUCCGCUCCAGUUAUUAGCCUUCCAUAUUGCUGUACUCAGGGGAUAUGAUGUGGACUGUCCUCGUAAUCUUGCCAAGUCUGUAACAGUGGAAUGAACAAUAUCCAAGCAUUUGUCUAUUUCUGUCUUAUGUACUCUUUAAAACAUAUCUGUAACAUUUUUACGCAAACAUAUAAUUAUAUAUAUAUACAUUACUUGCAAUAUUUGGGGGAUAUUUUUUUUUCAUUCAAAGCUUUUGGGGAUGUAAUGUAAAGUUUUAAUGUUUUUUUCUUGAGG